CAUUACCACCAACAUGUACCAUAUUCACUCUUCCCAAACCCACCAAAGCACUCAUGGCGAAAUCAUCCCCUUCUUUCUUUUCAAUACUCAUCACAGCAACCUUCCUUCUCCUUGCAUCAGUAUUAACAAAAGGAGUUGAAGGAACAAUUGGAGUAAACUAUGGCACGCUGGCAGACAAUCUUCCUCCUCCAAGUAAAGUAGCACAUUUCCUCCAAGACUCCACCAUAAUCAACCGGGUAAGGCUCUUCGACGCUGAGCCGGAUAUCUUAGAGGCUUUUGCACACACUGGCAUUGCCCUUACCGUCACCGUCCCUAAUCACCAUAUCCCCAACCUAACCAAUCUGUCCUUCGCACAACAAUGGCUGGAAGACUACGUCCAGCCUUACAUUCCAGCCACUAACGUAGUACGCAUUUUGGUGGGCAACGAAGUGCUGUCCACUGCCAAUAAAUCGCUCAUCGUUGGCCUUGUUCCGGCGAUGCAAACCCUUCAAACGGCCCUUGUUGGAGCGUCACUAGACCGCAGGAUUCAAAUUUCCACUCCUCACUCGCUCGGUAUUCUCUCGGCCUCAAGUCCUCCAUCCAACGGUAAUUUUCGGCAGGGCUACGAUACCCAUGUGUUGAAACCACUUCUCAGCUUCCACAGAGCUACGAAUUCUCCGUUCAUGGUGAACCCGUAUCCGUUUUUCGAAUGCUCCACCGACACGCUUGAUUACGCGCUGUUCAGGCCUAAUUCGGGAGUGUUCGACGAAAAUACGAAGCUGCUUUACACGAACAUGCUUGAUGCCCAAUUGGAUGCCGUUUACUCCGCGAUGAAGCUCCUUGGAUUCGACGAUCUUGAGAUCGUCAUAGCCGAAACAGGAUGGCCCUCGCUGGGGGAUUCAGACCAAAUUGGUGUCGACGCAAAUAGCGCCGCCGAGUAUAACGGCAAUCUGAUGCGGCACGUCCAAUCCGGUGUUGGUACGCCGCUCAUGCCCAACCGGACUUUUGAAACCUACAUCUUUUCACUGUUCAAUGAGGAUCUGAAACCAGGGCCAACUUGGGAGAGAAAUUUCGGAUUGUUCCAGCCCAACAUGACGCCUGUCUAUGAUAUCGGCAUCCUCCGGUCAACGGCAGCCGCAGCCGCCAAUCCCAAUCUUCACCAUGUUAUAUGUUUGUUAGCCAUUUCAGUGGGCGUUCUAAUUCUUAAUAAUCACGGCUAGAUCGUUGAUUCCGAUGAAUCCAGCGCCGGCGGGGCAAACGAUGGUGUCUGACGAAGGAAGGAGUGGACACAGGUGCUCUGCAAAGGAAUAUUGAUUACGUGUGUAGCCUGGGUGUGGACUGUUCGCCGAUUCAAGAAGGCGGCGCGUGCUUCUUCCCGAACACCGUUCAAGGCCACAUGGCAUACACCAUGAAUGCAUACCAUCAGUCCACCGGCAAACACCAGUACGAUUGUGAUUUUGAGCAAACGGCGGCCGUCACACUGGCCCAAGUUAUGGGAAGUGGAAGUAUUGAUACUGCUGGAUAAAUGAAGAAAAAAGUAGGAGGUGAUUACGGAAACAGAGGGCAUACAAGAUAUAGUUUAGAUUUUUUUUUUAAAUAAUAUAAUUGAUAUAGC